AUGACCAAGAGGAAGAUACACUGGGUCCCCGAGUCUUCGGGUGGCAUUGUGAAUCUUGGCUUGGAUGUGCAUGAUGACAUGGUUUCAGGAGCUGGCUACAAAACGUCCACUCCUGAAGAUGGCCCCUGGAGGCAGCCGGCAAGGAAGCCCGAGGCCCCAGGGAGUGCCAGUGUCCCCCCUUCGGGGGACCAUGACGGCUGGAGAAUGCUGAUCCCCUCUGCCCCGAGCAGAGGUUCCUUCCGCCACCCCCUGGAUGACGCCGGCCUGUUCUCCUACCUCGUGAUGUCGUGGCUCAGCCCACUCAUGAUCAGGGGCCUAAAGAAACGUUUAGAUGAGAACACCAUCCCCCCGCCAUCGGCACAGCACGCCUCAGGCCGAAACUGCAAAAGGCUCCGCCUCCUUUGGGAAGAAGAAGCCUGGAGGUGUGGGAUGGAAAAGGCCUCAGUGUUCCGAGUGAUGCUGAGAUUCCAGAGGACAAGGGUGCUUUUCUACAUGCAUCUGGGCUGCUGCUUCUGCAUCGCCAGUGUCCUGGGACCAGUGCUGAUUAUACCCAAGAUCCUGGAACAUUCCUUGGAGCAGCCCAAGAACAUCGUCUACGGGGUGGGGCUCUGCGUGGCCCUGUUCCUCGCCGAGUGUCUGAAGACUCUGAGUCUGAACUCGUGCUGGUUGGUCAACCUGCACACGGCCAUCCAGUUCCGAGGGGCCGCCUCCGCCGUCGCCUUCGAGAAGCUCGUGCAGUAUUUCUCUGUUUGCUCCACAAGUAGUUCCGAGGCCAUCGGUUUCUUCACCAGUGACACAAACAACCUGUUUGAAGGGGUGUACUGUGGCCCCCUGUUCUUCACGAGCUUUUUGUCGCUGACGUUCUGCUCCAUCACCACUUACCUCGAGCUGGGAUCCACUGUGUUCAUCGCCAUUGUUGGCUGCCUCCUGGUCCUGGUGCUAACGGUCCUCCUGACCAGCAAGGUUGUGAAGAGCCACAAGGAUGCCUCUGAGGUCAGGGACCAGCGCAUCCGCGUGACCAGUGAAGUUGUCACCUGUGCCAAGCUGAUUAAAAUGUACAUGUGGGAGAAACCAUUUGCAAAAUAAUUAAAGGUACGGAAAACUCUCAGAAGGAAGGAAAGGAGGCUGAUGGAGAACGGGUUCAUCCAGAGCUUGAGCACGCUCUUCUUGUCCGUAGCCCCGCCCACAGCCAUUGUCAUGAUGCUCCUUGUCCGCAUUGGCUUGCGGCUGAAACUCACAGUUUUGUCCGCCUUCAGCAGCAUGGCCGUCUGGAACACCACGCAGAUGCCACUGUUCCUCGUACCCUUCGCCCUGAAAGGCCUCGCCAAGUCCAAGCCUGCGACCGAGAGGUUCAAGAGAUUUUUCCUCCAGGAGAGCCCCGUUUCCUAUGUCCAGGCUUUGAAAGACCCCAGCAAAGUGCUGGUUCGCAGGGCCACCUUGUCCUGGAGAAAGACCUGCCCCGGGGCUGUCCACCGAGCGCCGGAACUGGAGAGGAAUGGACGUGCUCCCGAGGGGACGAGUGGGGCUCAGCCACCUCUGGGUGCCCUCGGGUCAGAGGACAAAGGGGACAGCCUCGCCCCAGAGUUGUGCAAGAUAAACCUGGCAGUGUCAAAGGGGACCCUCUUAGGGGUCUGUGGCAGCACGGGGAGCGGGAGCAGCCUGUUGUCUGCCAUCCUGGGGGAGAUGCACCUGCUGGAGGGCUCGGUGGGGGUGCACGGAAGCCUGACCUGUGUGCAGCAGGCCUGGAUCCUCAUGGGCAGCAUCAGAGACAACAUCCUCAAGGGAAACCAGUACGACCAGGCCCGGUACCUCCAAGUGCUGCAUUGCUGCUCCCUGAUCCGGGACCUGGAGAUUCUGCCCUGUGGAGACAUGACGGAGAUUGGGGAGUGGGGCCUCAACCUCUCCGGGGGACAGAAGCAGAGGAUCAGCCUGGCGCGCGCCGUCUACUCGGACCACGAGGUCUACCUGCUGGACGACCCCCUGUCGGCCGUGGACACCCACGUGGGGAAGCACAUCUUCGAGGAGUGCAUUCAGAAGACGCUCAGGGGGAAGACGGUGGUCCUGGUGACCCACCGGCUGCAGCAUUUACAGGUCUGCGACCAGGUCAUUUUGCUGGAAGACAGUCGGAUCUGUGCAAAGGGGACUCACAGUGAGUUAAUACAGAGAGGGCGGUACGCCCUCCUCCUCCAGAGGAUGCACAGGGACGCCACCCGGGACACACUUUGGGACUUUGCAAAGGCAGCCCAGGAGCCUCCGGGGGAAGGCCAGGCCCAGACCACCUUCCAGGAAGAGUCUCUCAGUGACAAUGCUGGGCUGGACAAUCAGCUCAUGAAGAAGGAGGAGAUGGGAGAAGGGUCCCUGACGUGGCGUGUCUACCACGAGUACAUCCAGGCAGCGGGGGGGUACCUGGUCGCCGUCCUCGCCGUCCUUCUCAUCGUGGUGUUCGUCGCCCUCUCGGCCUUCAAAUCCUGGUGGCUGAGCUACUGGCUGGAGCAGGGCUCAGGGACCAAUAGCAGCCGAGAGAGCGCAGACCCAGGCGACACCCUGGACAACCCCUGCCUGUCCUUGUACAAACUGGUGUUCGGCCUCACCCCCCUGGUCUUCCCCUGUGGGGUGUGCUCCUCGGCCGCGUUCAGCAAGCUCACGAGGAAGGCGUGCGGGCUGCAUGACAAGCUCUUGGACAAGCACAACCCCACGGGCCGACUCUUGAACUGCUUUGCAGGGGACCUGAAUGAGCUGGACCAGUCACUGCCCCUUGUGUCCGAGGAGGUCCUGCUCAUGUUCCUGUGGGUGAUCACCAACCUGGUGACAGUCGGUGUGCUGUCUCCUUUCAUCAUGCUGAUCGGAGUCACCAUAGUCAUCGUUUGCUUCAUUUAUUCUACGAAGUUGAAGAGGGCCACCAACGUGUUCGAGAGACUGGAGAACUACAGCCGUUCCCCGUUCUCCCCCCACAUCCUAACCUCGCGCAGUCGGAGCUCCAUCCAUGUCCACGGGGAAACCGAAGACGCCAUCAGCGAGUUUCACAGGCUGACCGGUGUGCAGAGCAACUACCAGAUGAUGUUUCUGUCUUCCAUGCAGCGGGUGGCCCUGAGGCUGGAGCUGAUGACCGACCUGGCGACCUUGGCCGUGGCCUUCAGCACUUCGUCCGUGUCCCAUUCCUAUAAAGCCAUGGCCAUCAGCCUCACCCUGCAGCUGGCCUCCAACUUCCAGACCACGGUGCAGAAGGGGUCGCAGUCGGAGGCGUACUUCAUGGCGGUGGAGAGGGUGCUGCAGUACAUGAAGAUGAGUGCCCCCGAGGCUCCCUUCCACGUCGGAGGCACAAGCUGCCCCCAGGGGUGGCCGCCGCACGGAGAAAUCUCCUUCCAGGAUUAUCACGUGAAAUACCGAGACAACACCCCCGUUGUCCUCAAGGGCAUCAGCCCGACCAUUCACGGCCGAGAAGUGGUGGGCAUCGUGGGCAGGACGGGCUCUGGUGAGCUGAGCAUCCUGGGCACCCCGGCCCCCAACUUUGGCCUUCGGCUGGUAAGAGAGUCCCACCUGGACCACAUGGGCUUGGGGGCUGGGGGACAGGUGGCCCCCAGAGAGAACUCAUGGGGCUUCUGCUUGCAGGAAGAACGGGUGCCGACGGGCACAGGAAAUGCCCGCUCCUGGUUAAACCUGGACCCCUUGGAUCGCUACACAGAUGAGCAGGUCCGGGACAUCUUGGAGAAGACAUUCCUGAGCAAGACUCAAAUCUUAAAGUGACCGCGAAGACUGCAGGCAGAAGUCGAGGAGAACGGCAAGAACUUCUCCGUGGGGCAGAGACAGCUUCUCUGCUUGGCUCGAGCCCUCCUUCCAAACUGCAAGAUCAUCCUCGUUGAUGAAGCCACCACGUCCAUCGACAUCGAGACCGAAGCCCUGAUCCAGCGCACGAUCCGCGAAGCCUUCCAGGGCUGCACCGUGCUCAUCACCACCCACCGCAUCACCACCGUCCUCAGCUGUGACCGCAUCCUGGUCAUGGACAACGGGAGGGUGGUAGAGUUUGACAGGCCUGAGGUCCUGCGGAGGAAGCCCGGGUCCAUGUUUGCAGCCCUGCUGGCCACAGCCAGUCACUGA